UCAUCAGACGCGUUAACCGCCCAGGUGCUGUAUAUCCCAUCAGGGGGGCCAGUGUUUUGGGAUAGACGCGCCAGGGUGUCCACCAUCACACAGUGACCACUGCGGUCAAGCGUUCUGACGCCGUGACAUGGACAAAAACCUCAGCUCCCGGAGCGGAGCUCAGUUGGAGGAAAUGCAUCGUUUGAUCAGUGUAAUUAUGGGUGUAUAAUUUGUAUAAAGGAGAAAAAUAUUUGUCUGAGAGUCAUUCUACUGCAAUCAUGGAUAAAAACAUCGUGGGUUUCGUUGCUCUUCUGGCGUGUUUCCUGGUGGCGGUGUCCGCCUUUGAUCCCCUCUCCAUGAACAACCUCGGACUCCUCGGGAACGACCGUAACUUCAACAGUGGGAGGGGGCGAGGACGUGGACGUGGUAACUGGAACAACAACGGCAUCGGAAACGGCAGAAACACCGGGAGAGGACGGGGACGGGGAAGAGGAAGAGGCAGGAACCAGGACCUGAAAGAGCAUCUGUCGCUGCUUCUUCCAGGGAGAUAACUCCUCCACCCCAUCCGCAUUUAACCUUCUGAUCUAUAUUACCUAUCCCGUGACAUAUAUGACGUCACAGUCUCUUUUUCUUCAAGUUAUUGUUAAAGAUAUAUCCGCACGUUGCCUCUGAUGCGAACUAUAUAUUUGUUAAAACCAAAAUAUAAAAUAUAAAAGAAAUAUUUUUUAGCAAUAAAACAGUAUAUGAAAUGA